CUGGUGCCAGCAUAGAUGUUCAGGGGCAUCAUCUUCACCGUAAUCUCUUCUUUCCCUUUGAGCUUGUGCGCUUCAGAGCCCGAAGGCCACUCAAUAUUAAGAGAAUCUUGCGUCUGGAGGUAGCCGAUGUGGAGAAAAUCCUAGGUGUUGUAUACACUGAAAAUAUUCAGGUUACUGCUGAAGCCUAUGACGUGGACCUGGAAAUCAGUCCAGAUGGCUGUCUUAAUUUUGGAACCAUCAGAGUCUUUGAGGAUGUCAGACUGUCUCUCAGAUUGAAAAACCAAGGAAAAUAUGAAGUAUCUUACAAGUUUAAUGUUGAGCAGACAGACCCAGCGCAGCCAGAUCUAAACUCCAUUUUCAAAGUGUCUCCUCAGUGUGGUAGUCUGAUGCCCAACAAGCCCGCAACAGUGAACAUCCUCUUCAAACCUGAUGUGGAAGUGUUCAUUAAAGACCAACCUAUCCUGCCUUGCCAGGUGAUUGAACCGAGCAUUGGGACAGGAGGAGAAACUGUAGCUAUCGUGGCGAUCAGGGUUUCAGCCCGAUCUGUUUUCACCAGGUACAAGAUCACACCUUCAUCCAACUUGAACUUUGGUCCUCUGAUCUAUGGCAACAAGAAAAGCCAAAGCUUCACCAUCGAAAACAAUGGGGUCUUUGAGGCCUCUUUCACCAUCUGCCACAUGAUCACAGAUCCCGUGAGGACAGGGGGUCCAGGUAAGACUAUAUCAAGAGAGACCCUUUCAGGGAGGCCCAAUGCUGCCAAAAUACCACCAGAAUCCUUUCAGAGUUUUCUUCAG